AUGUCGCUUUGGAAGUCCUUAAACCGUUUAUGUGUACAAUACAAUAAUUUUAAUAAGAGAAUUGUCACAAAAAAUAUUUUUAAUAAUGGAUGUUCCACUACUUACAUUCAUCCAACAGUUUCAAACUGUGCUAUUCAUAUUUCUAGUAUAAAUAAUGAUAUAAUGGAAUUUUUCGAUGAUAAAGAAAAUUGGGGAGCCAGAGAAGUUUUAGUAGGUAGAUCGUGGAAAGUAGAGGAACUUAGAAUUAAAUCAAAUUCUGAUUUACAUAAGUUAUGGUACAUACUAUUGAAAGAAAAGAAUAUGUUACUUACCAUGGAACAUGAAUAUAAUAGAGUUUACAAACCAAUGCCUAAUCCUGAAAGAAUCGAUAAAGUUGAAGAAAGUAUGGAAAAUUUAGAAAAAGUUGUCAGAGAAAGAAAUCGAGCAUAUUAUGAACUUGAAACGGGGAAAACAGGAGAACGUCCUUUCUGUGAUAAAACAAAUUGUUUUGGUUUAACUUACAAGUACAAAAUGAAUCAGCAUAAAAUACCAUCUUAUUUAAAUAAAAAGUAUUUGGAAAAAGAUAAGUUAGAAAAUCAAACGGAUGAUCAUGUUUAUAUUCAAAACUUUUUAACAAGACUCAAAGAGAAAAGAAUGAAAAGAGAUAAUUAUUACAAAAGGAAAAGAUACAAUGUAGUUUGUAACUUGCUUAAACGAUUUCCUGAUUUGGAUGAAGAAGCAUUAAAAGAACGAUUUCCAGAUGUUGAUAUUGAAAUGGCUAAAAAAGAUAAAAAUUCAAGAGGCAAUCGUGAAAAUCUUUAUUAA